CAGUGCUUGCGCAGUCGCUGCCCGCCAUGACGCAGCCCUUGACGCCCUUCUACCCCAUCUUUGCUUCCAAGUCGGACGGCCACGACAUUAUCAACCAGAAGGGUUCGGUGGUGCGGAAUGGACCCACGCAGGAACAGCUCGACCGCUCGCCGAACGCUCAAGGACAAUGCGACUACUACCGCCUGAUCGAGAAGGACGAUCCCAAGCACAUCGACUGGAGGAAGAAGCUGGGCGGCAUGCUGUUGCGCGAAAUCGGUGGCAAACAGCACGAAGACAAGUGGCAGCAGUGCAUUCUGUGGGAGUUUCCAGAGAACUACAAACUCUAUGAGCACAUCAAGACCAAAGCAGACGGCCAGGCGAAGACAGUGAAGAAUCACUCCGGCGGCGGACACGACCGACAAGAUGCGUACCUCUACGGCUACCCCAAGGGUCCGCGCAAGCGCUUCAGGAGCCCUGUCGAGUUCUUCCCGCACUUGCUUUGGCUAUGCACCGACGAGACGAGCGACAUGCAGAACUGCACCUGCAAGAUGUGCUCGCCUAUGCAGCUUGAGGUCGAGAAACCUGCGGUGAAGGUCGAGGCCAAGCCUGAGAUCAAGAGAGAGAACAGCAGCAUGCAAGUCACUGGGCGCAAUCCUGUUGUUCAGAUACCUGCUCGUCGUGUCUCCAAUCCGCCGGCAGUCCAGAGCCCCGCCACGAAGCCAGCUACACCUGUUACUGCGCCCGCUGCACCUCAAAUCAGGGCGCCUACUCCUCUACAAUCUAUGCCGCUUCCAGAUCCUCGCUCUAUCGAUCAGCAAGUGGACAGUCUCUACCACAAGUUCAUAAGUCGGCAGGGCGAGGUAGUAUGGUACUACAGACCAAAGACAGGAGCGUGGGGACUGGGUGUAGUCAUUCGAAGGUGGUUCGAUAAGACUGCUGUUGGAGGCAAGGCCUACUUCAUACAGCCGCUGUCACACCCACACGACUCUUUGACCCCGGAGCUUGUUACAACAGAAAACGAGAUGAAGCCAUGGCUCGCCUGGUCUGCGCCAUCAUAUACCUACGCCUAUUUGCAACAACACCCGAACAUCCCUUACGAGAAAGUUGAUUGGCAAGGUCUCAUGGCUGGACGAUAUGGACAAGGCGGUGUUGCGGGCGUGGAUGGAUCAAUUAUGGCAGCUAAAGCCGUCGACACCACCUACACUCUUUUCGACUACCUCACGAAGACGGUCAACGAUGGUAUUCAAGAUGCACACUACAACGGCUUGUUUCUGGGCGCUGAGAAGAUCUGGAGAGGCGACGCUGUACGCUUACGGAUAGGCCGAGAUACAGAUGUCAUGGUCGUCACCGACAUCAUCGAACGAACCUCCCAACAAGCCACCGGGCAAGCGGCCUCAGCCGUACUUGUAGCUGGCGACAUCUACAGCUACGCCACACUUCCCGUCUCCAAUCCCGCUCAGCUACCUGACAUCCCUAAGAGCCCCAACCUCCCAACUCGCAUGCGCGAAGAUAUGACCUGGCGCAACCAUCUCCUCGUUCCCCACGCCCGCACAUUCGCCUACUGGAAACUCGCCGUUCCAGGUUCUCGCUUCGACAUCGCCGAGGUCAAGGGCCGAUGGUAUGAGACCGCUCUCGUCUUCGAGGAACCCUUCACCAAGUCCGUCAAAAACAACGAAGGCGGGAACGGGGUCUGGAUGAACUCACGUGGCGACGCUACACAGGUCGGUAGGAUGACUGGUGUUCCACAGCCACAGCGAUUACAAGCGUUUGGGCGGGCCGUCCCAGAGGGUACGCAGCUUGUAGAUGGUAUAGAUGCGCCUGAACAAGCACAAGCGCAGGCGCAAGAUGUCAAUAUGGGCAUGAGUGGUCACAGUGCGGAUGUGUUCACGGAUCUGAUGGAUUUCGAUCAUCUUGGGGAUACGGGUACGGGACCGGGUUUUGACUUCAAUUUCUAGGAGAGUGAACAACCCACAGGCGCUCCGGUGUUCGAAGAAGGAUGGGAAGAUGUGCUUCAUGACACAAGACUUCACGAUGCCUUAGUAAUACCAAUCAUCAAUAGCAUGGCAAAGGAGUUUUUGGAGUUCUGGCCUUUGGUAGAUGGGAAGCAUCGUUGGCGUAGCUACAUGAAUCAAAAAGUCGAGUGAGG